UUGAACUGACUUUUGACAUUGACACUUCGAAUGUCAAAAAGUUGCGAUGGACGUGGAUUCGGAAAGUACGGCAACUUCCAUCGACGAAAAUACCGAGAAUUUUUGCGAAAACCCGACCAGGGACACCUUGGCCGAGGGCUUGAUGGGACUAAUUAAGCCCACGGUGGACCAAUUGGAUGAAAGAGUACGCGCGACGAGAAUAUCGCAACUGGAACUGAAGCAGUGCAUAGAGAGUUUGGCUGAGGAACUGAAAAAGAUAUCGGAUAGCCAACAAACAUCCCUAGAUCUUGACGUAUACGUAAAAAAGUUAAUAAAUGCUAAACAACGAGUAACAGUACUUUCAAACAUACUUCAAAACGCGCAGGACAGACUGAAUAAAGUGCAUUCAUCGAUCGAUAAAGAAGUAGUGCAAAGAAAAGUACUGGUAAAUGACACAAUAGAGAGCCAAGAAUCUGUCUAUGAACCAGCAGAGGACACGUUUUUAUUCCUGGACGCGUUAGAGAAAGAAGCCACUUAUUUAAACAACUUAAAACCACUAACAGUGGUGGAAAUUGGUUCUGGAAGUGGUGUGGUGCUAACGUCACUCUCAUUUAUUCUAAAAAAGAGUUGUGUUUACUUUAGUACGGAUAUAAAUAUUGAAGCUUGCAAUGCCACAAAAUACACGGCAAAAUUAAAUAACGCAGAUAUAGAAGUUGUGAAUAUGGACUUGUUGAGCAAUUUUAAACCAAAAACUUUUGAUGUUAUUUUAUUUAACCCUCCAUAUGUUGUUACAGAAGACAUUGAAAUGAAUGGAUGUGGUUUGAAUAGAGCAUGGGCUGGUGGACACAUGGGGAGAGCAAUUUUAGAUAGGUUAUUAGUGAAUUUAAAGGACUUACUAAGUGAUAAAGGUGUUUGUUACUUGGUUUUAUUGAGAGAAAAUAAACCCAAGGAGAUUGUGGACUUCUUGAAACAACAAAAUAUGGACAGGUUUGGCAAAAAUGCCAACGCUAUUCAUCUACUCAAAGUCACUCAGAAAAAUCCUACACCACGUUUGGUACGACUUUUGGAAGGCCAAUUCCACGGACAAAAAAACCGAAAUGAAAAUUAA